AUGGAGACCGACGGUCAACCCUCGAAGAGACGGCGACGCAGUCGCAAAGUCCUCUCCGAUCGCAAGUUUGAAUGCACAUUUGAAGGCUGUGGGAAGAGCUACUCUCGCGCCGAACACCUGAGUCGCCAUGCGCUCAACCAUACCCCAAAGCAAAUCUAUCGUUGCGACUUUCCCAACUGCUACCGAUCCUUCGUGCGACAGGACCUCUGCACUCGUCACCGUGAACGUCACACCACCAGCGGCUCCCAACUCCAGAAACGAGAUCAUUUCACCGACAAUGAAACGAAGACUUCCCCUCCUCCGUCGCCUGCCAUCACCGCGCCGGAGUACUUUGUUGGCUCCGAGGAGCCCAAGUUCCCGGUGACAACCUAUCCAAUUGCGACAAGUGUGGAAAGCAAUGAGAUGCCAGUGGCGCAAUACCAGGAAUUUCCACCGGUGCUGGACCAACCUGACAAUCUCAUCGAUCUCGAUUCUAUGUCUUACCCGAUCUUUGGCGGGGAAACCUACAACCGAUCGCCAUUUGCGAUGGCAGACGAUUUUGCAGCGUGGCUGUUCAGCGAGCCACUUGCGCCGUUGGGCUAUGGCAUGGUCCCAAUGGUCCAUAAUCAAUUUUAUAUGAACGAGCCUGCAUAUAGCAAUGACUUUUGCUCGGUCGUCCCGCAGCAUCCGAUGAGUGUGACGAGUAUCUUGGACUCGGGGGCGCCACCGGCUAUUAUAUCCGAAGAAAAGCGACAAGAACUGCUGCGCUUGAUGUCAACCAGAUUCAACGAGGCGGCGUAUGCAGCCGGUGCUAAACGCAAAGAUGCGUUGAUGGACGGAGAUUUAAAUCACGACCGACAUGUCAUGAGCUUGCGCAUGAUGCAGACGUACAUUGGCUCCUACUGGUACCAUUUCCAUGCACAACUUCCGAUCUUGCAUCAGCCGACAUUUGCCGCCGAUCGGACCCCGAAUCUAUUAUUGCUAGCGAUUAUGGCGAUUGGUGCGGCAACUUUGGACAAGAUUCACGGCCAGGAGGCUACAGAGGCAGCGUCUGAACUAGCCAGCUUCAUUGCCUGGCAUUUGCGGUGGGAAAUCUUUAUGGAUGCCGAUUUCCGCCCGCCAGCUAGACUCUGGGUCUUCCAGUCAUUGUUGCUCCUGGAGGUCUACGAAAAGCUCUUUUCUACGCGCGCAUUGCAUGAACGUGCACAUAUUCAUCACGACACGACGCUGACCCUCAUGCGCCGAGGAAGUUCCUUAAUCGGUAAUUCUUCGUUUGACACCCCGGAAACUAGAGAAGAAGACGAGUCGUGGUCAACCUGGAUCAAGGCGGAAGCGACCCGGCGGGUGGCAUUUGCUGCCUUUGUAUUGGAUUCAACACAUGCAACCAUGUUCGGACACUCGGCCAAAAUGGUAGCCCACGAACUGCGGCUACCAUUACCCUGUGACGAGGCGUUGUGGGCUGCCACAAGCGCAGCCGAGGUCGCUCGGGUGCAAUCCAGCUUGCAGUCGCAUGGCGUGCGGCCAAUUAUGUUUUUGGACGGUCUCAAGCGUACACUCAACGGACAGCCCGUCCGGACAAAUGCGUUCGGGCGAAUCAUCAUCAUGUCCGGCUUGCUGAGCGUUUGCUGGCAUCUUAACCAGCGAGAUCUGCAGAUCAGCUCGCUCGGUGUCGGCCAGACGCUCGGGGGACGGGAUAAAUGGAGAACAGCACUGCUCCGGGCAUUCGAUAAUUGGCGUCGCGACUUUGACGAGGCCCUGGGUCCUUCGACCAGCUCUGAGUCGCGCAACGUGCUCCACGGGCUGGCGCACAUGGCUUCCCAUGUCGACAUAGCUGAUCUGCAAAUAUAUGCUGGUGCCGGCAGGUUGAUGGGCCGGUCUAUCACAGCGCGCGACUACUCCGCGGCACGAGAGAAGACAGAGAAAUGGGCGACCAAGGCGUCGGCACGGGAUGCCACGUUCUACGCGCUCAAGUUCUUGUCCUCGUGUUUCUCAGACCCGAAUACCCCGCCAGGGGAGUAUGCCGCGCGCGAUGACUACCUGCUCCAUCGACCGUGGGUGAUGUACUUCGCAGCACUGGUGGUAUGGACAUAUGGCUUUGCAUUAGACGGACCUUUACGUCCUGCCCCUGUUCUCGCAACCGUGACCGACCGGGAGCGCGACAUGCAGACGUUCUUGCAUCGCAUGGGCGAGAUCCGAGAACCGCACGAAUUGGAGGCCAUGAGCGGGCGCAACGGGUGUCUUGGGCUGCUGAUGAUUCUCCGAGACUCCUUUGCCAGACCACGAUGGGAGCUGCUGGGAGAGGCGGCACGGCUGCUGGACAGCUGUAUCAUGAAGCUGCAGUCAUAA